GCCCGCCCGGAGUCACUCAUUCAAAAUGGAGGAACGACUGAUAUUAUCAGUGAGCAGUCACCCUCUGAUUUAUGACACAAGUUCAUACUUCUAUAGAGACAGGAAUAAAAAGGACCUCGCUUGGAAGAGUGUCAGUGAGGAGAUUGGGCAUCCUGAGGACGUGUGCAGGAAAAAAUGGAAAAGCCUCAGGGACACGUACCUGAAGGAGAAGAGGAAGGAGAUGGAGAAGAGGAGUGGGUCAUCAGCAGGGUCAGUGAAGAAGUGGAAGUACUCACAGAUCCUGGGAUUCCUCGAGCCCUUCGUCACCCCACGGGAGACCACCAGUAACGUGGUGGGGGUCGAGGCCCAGGUCAUAGAGUACAACCCCCCCAGGGACCAGGGAGAGGGAGAGGCGGAAGCAGGGGAUACAGAAACAGAGCCUACAGAUAAUGAAGAGGCUGAUCCUAGAUCCCCUGCCGCUUCUCCUGUCUCCCUAGUCCCUGGUCCUUCACCCCCUGCUGCUGCACCCACAGGCCAACAGAGGAGGAGAGGCACCCGGCGUCCCCGUGAUGGUCCGUCGGAGGUGGAGCAGGCGCUGCUUGAGCUCCUGAGGCGUCCUCCACCACCACCACCACCACUACCACCACAGUCUGCCGAUGAACACUUCCUCCUCAGCCUUCUGCCUUUUCUGCAGAGCAUGCCGCCUCAUACUAAAGAAAUGAUAAAAUUUAAAAUGUACAAAUUGGCGAUGGAAAACAGCACCGUUGUGCUAAAUUUGGAACAAUUGGACCCCCACAGCCCACAGUAGGCUUUAAAAAAAAUGAGGCAGCAGGCUCUGCAGGAAACGCAGAAUGCCCUCCUUCCUCUUCUCCUACAUUUUGUUCCCUGAGGCUCUUCCACGUUCCAAGCGAGGUCCUUUUUAUUGCUGUCUCUGUAUGUAAAUAGUUUGUACAUGAUGUAUUUUUUUAAGUUUAUAUUCCAAUUAUUUUAUGUUUGGCCUGAAUAAAUUAUUUUGAAAUAUGGCUAAAUGCCUGGUGUGGUUCUAAUGCACAACAAAGCAAGUGUUUUAUCACAUAAAAACUUGAUUUCAAUAUAUGACACAUAUUCAUUUUGUAUUGAAUGCUAUUUAUUCCAUAU